CGCGAGCUGGCCGCGGCUGGCCUGGAAGACAUGGCGUGGGUACCGAUGGAGUCUGUGGUUGAAGAGCUGAUGCCCCGCCUUUUGCCCGUGGAGCCCUGCGACGUGACUGAAGGCUUUGAUCCUUCCGUGCCCCCGAAAACGCCUCAGGAGUACCUGAGGCGCGUCCAACUCGAAGCAGCCCAGUGUCCAGAUGUUGUGGUAGCACAGAUUGACCCAAAGAAGUUGAAAAGGAGACAAACGGUGAAUGUUUCUCUUUCAGGAUGCCAGCCUGCUCCUGAAGGUUAUUCCCCAACAGUUCAGUGGCAGCAGCAACAAGUAGCACAGUUCUCAACUGUUCGUCAGAGUGUGAACAAGCACAGAGAUCACUGGAAGUCACAACAAUUGGAUAGUAAUGUGACUAUGCCAAAAUCUGAGGAUGAAGAAGGCUGGAAAAAAUUUUGUCUGGGUGAAAGAUUACUAGUUGAAGGGACUGUUGGCCCAGCUACAAAUGAAAGUCCAGGAAUUGAUUAUAUACAGAUUGGCUUUCCUCCCUUGCUGAGUAUUGUUAGCAGAAUGAAUCAGGCAACUGUUACUAGUGUCUUAGAAUACCUGAGUAAUUGGUUUGGAGAAAGAAACUUUACUCCAGAAUUGGGACGAUGGCUUUAUGCUCUAUUGGCUUGUCUUGAAAAGCCGUUAUUACCUGAGGCUCACUCACUGAUCCGGCAGCUUGCAAGAAGGUGCUCUGAAGUUAGGCUUUUAGUGGACAAUAAAGAUGAUGAGAGAGUUCCAGCUUUGAAUUUAUUAAUCUGCUUGGUUAGCAGGUAUUUUGACCAACGUGACUUAGCAGAUGAGCCAUCUUGAUGUUGCUGACCUCGCAGAGAGAAAAGAUACCUGUGGUAGAGGCAGCCUAAUGCUGCGGACGCAGUGCCGAGGAAGUGCAGACUGCUUCACAAUACUACACGAAGUGCCCUUAACCUCCGCAACAGAGGUUGCUACUCAGAAAAUGAGUUGUACUGUUUUCAAUGUGUGAAACAUCUUGGAAAAUCGCACCAUUGAUGAUUACCUGUAUGAACAGUUCUUAGCAGUCACGCGCUUUUGAAACAAAUUGAGUGCCAUUUAUUGCUGAAACAGCCUGUAUAGCAACUGUAUCAUGAAAUUUUACAGUAAGUCCUUGUACAUAUUGAAUUUUAUUGAAAAUGUUUGGGCUACUUAAAAUAUUCUUGACUUUUGAACAAAACAAAGUUAAUUGAUAAAUAUCCUUGGUACUAGAAUUAAAAUAAUCUAGAUUAAAUGGCAAGAGUUUAUAGUCUAAAAUCAACAAAAUUAGCCCACAUUUUUUCCUUUAAAUAUACUUUUAAUUUUUAAAUUCUUAUUGCACAAACAAAAAUUUUUCUUAACAAAGCAUAUUCAAUAUUGUUACCAUUUUAGGUCAACUAUUUUGAAUUUUCUAGUCUAGUGAAUCUUUGUUCCCAUUACAGAUUUUUUUUUUAAUUAGGUUAAAAUGUUUUCUACUUUAAGUAACAUAAUUCAAAUAGCCAUGGAUAUUCAAAUUUGCUUUUUUCUUAUAAAAACAGAACCUUUCCCCCAAAUCCUCAGCAGGCUUAUGUUUAUCCAUUGGCCCCAGUUUAUAACAUGAUCACCUCUUGCUCCAAAAGUAAUAAAAUGAAGGUAUAAACCUUUCCUGUAUCUCAAAUAGGAGGUGAAGAAAAAAAGGUUAGUGUGAAUGAACUAAAUCAGGCAACCAGUUACUUUGCCUUAACCUAUAAUUGUCAAAGUAAUUUUGUAUUUGUUAGACCUUCAUUAAACUCAAUAGUAAAAGGUAACCUAAUAGUCCAAGGUUUUUUUAUUAUAAUUUACUUAAACAUGUCACCAUUGAAUAUCUACUUUGUUUUUUCCUAUUAAUCUAAAUUAGAAAAUGCUACCAUAAAUAUCCUGAGGUAUGCCACUUUGUUGUUUUUCAGAAUUUGAUCAGAAGUUUCCAAGAGUACAAUUACAAAUUUUAAGAGCCUGUCAGUUGAGACUGCGUUUGAAAACUUGGGCUAACUGCAGUUAAUUAACUUUAUACAUUUUUUUUUAAUAUGCUUUAAGUAGUUCAGGGCCGAUGCAGCAGCUCCCUAAUGUCUUAAAUAUGUCAGACUAUAUUCAGAUUUCACUUUCAUUAUCCUACUAUAUAGAUUUUAUCUUUCAUGGUUGCUUUAUCUCUUGCCUUACAUUUCUACAUUACAGGGAGGAAAAAAGAAGAUACCACUCCAUUUUGUUGCCUACAUCAGGGGAGCAAAGUUUUACAAAAAGUCCUCAAUUCAUAUCUCAUUUGCCAGAAUUAUGACCAUGACUAGACCUAAUGGUAAUGAUGAAAAACAUAUUUUAGCCAGUCACAUCGUCAAUCCUGACAAAAGUAAGAUUCUGUGAGAUGAGGGUGAAAGUGGACAUUGGAUAGGCAGCCAGUAGUGUCUACCACAAAGGAUUUAAAUACCCAGUCCACACAACUAGCUAUGUUAGAGAGCCUCACAUUUUCUGCUGGUAAGUGAUGUUCCCAUUUGAAGGGGCUUCUAAGAAAAAUGUAAUUACCUUUUAAUUCUUUAUCCAUGAAUUUUUUGAAGCCCCCACUAUUGUGGGCAGGGGUGGAGUUAAUAAAAGUAUGUCAAUAA